UUUUAUUUCCUGUUUUAGUAUUCCAUGAGUGCUGCAAGUGUGCUCACAUCUUUCAGUCCUUCAGCAAUGCCUGGCCCGGUAUUGACAGACGUAGCCAUGAGGUUCUACAUCAGCCACUCUCCGCCUCCUCUCCGAAGCUUUAUCAGCUCCUAUGGGGACCUGCAGAGGGCCAAGAACAGGGUCAACCAGUCCAGCAACCGCAGCUGCAACCAGCAGCUCUACCAACCCCUGCGACCCUGCCUCAGCAGCCAGCGCAAGGCGGCGGACGACAGCAGCCAUGUGGCCUGGUCCAAAAAGAAGCCCACCAAGAAGAGCGUGGUGUUCGCCGACACCAAGGGUCUGUCUCUCACCACCAUCCACGUCUUCUCCAAGUUCGACGACGAGCGGUACCAGAAUAAGCCGGUUGAUAGAAUCACAGAGGAGCUGCAGUUUGAGAUGACUGACCUUGGAACCGCCACCAUGGAUCUAAAGAUCAGCUCGCCGCGAAGCCUGGCGCUCGACUUCAAACAGCCCUCAGCCGACUACCUGGACUUCCGGAACCGCCUGAUUCGGAACUGUGUCUCCUUGGAGAACUGCUCGCUGCAGGAGCGCUCCCUGACCGGCACCAUCAAAGUCAGGAACAUGGGCUACGAGAAGUCCGUGCAGGUGCGCGUCACCUACGACUCCUGGGCCACGUUCACCGAUUACGACUGCACCUUCCUGAACAACGUCUACGGCUGCCAGGACACUGACACCUUUGCCUUUGAGCUGGACCUCCCUGAACGCACCCUGCCACAGAACCGGAUCGAGUUCUGUAUCUGCUUCAAGGUCCAGGGCCAAACCUUCUGGGACAAUAACGAGGGCAAGAACUACCCUCUGAAACACGUCGGCUGGAGCAGAGAGGAGGUGCACAGAACCCCUGUUCCUCAUGAGAAGCCCUCAGAGCAUAAAAUGGGGGGCGGGAAGCUCCAGGAGCUGGAGUUCGAUCAGUUCGGCAGCCCACGCAUGUCCAGCGGACUGUUUCCCGGCUGGCAGAGCUGGGGUCAGAUCGACAACACGGUGCCUUACUGGUGAAAGCUUUAGGAUAUUUGCUGAGCCAACACUGGCAGCCGAUAACAGACACUGACGGGGCAUUCGGUCCAAAGCCAGCUCCAGGUCUGAGCUGGACUGACUCAAAGUACGCUGAAGCAAACAGACGGAUUUUUUUUUAGCUGCAAAGGUACACAAAUCAGACAAAAAGCAGCUCAGCUGACCUGCUUUUUGCUGGAACCGGUCACUGGGCCUGAUGAAUGAUUAAGCUGGAGGAGCAGCAGGGAAAUUCAACUGAAACGUAGUUCUCUAUCGUAGCAUAUUAAUGUGCCUUCUCUUUGUGCCUGCCCACUAAAAUAAAAGACUAACGGUGCACAAGAUAUAUAGAGACUGUUAGCCCCUUUUUGAGGGCUGGAUAGUUAAACAU